UCACUUUCCCUCCCCUUCAAAAUUGGAGGCCUCCCCUCUAAAAUUGGAGGGAUUUGGAUAAUAAAUGUUUUCAGAUAAUGUGAAAAUAUCAAUUAGUUUCUAUUUUUAAUUGUUUUUUAUUAUUUAUCUUAUUUCAUUAAGGAUAUAUUUGUCAUUUUAACAUUAUUUUUCCUCUCCUUUCAUUUUCUUACCAAACAAAAUUUACCAUUUUCUCUCUAUUCUCCUCCAACAAAAUCCAAAUAAGAUAAAGUUAUUUUACAUCACCUUCCCUCUCCUCCCUUUCCCUCUCCUCCCUUUCUUUCCGUUAAAAUCCCUCCACUCCCUUCUCCUCCAUUGAACCAAACACACCCUAAAUUAUAUCCAAGUUAGGGUUCAUAAUUUUUUUUAUAUAUGUUGUUUCUUCUUGCGUAUGUCCGUAACAAAUUUCUGUUUGACUGGAAAGUAAAAGUGCCGAUUCCCAAUUCGAUUUCGGUGUUUUGACUGCCAUUAUCAACACUUUAUGAUGUACCGAUCAGAUGUAAUCACUGAAGAAACGGAGAGAACAGCUUUCCGCAAAGCUGAGAAGAAAUACAAAAUAUAUUACGACAACACCAAAAAGAAAAAGAUACCGAGGCCUGUAGAGUUGUCAGAGGUUGUAGAUUUCAGGUCAAUUUUAGAGAAUCGAAAUGGCGAACUUCCAGAUGGAGUUUCCAAGCUAAACUGUGAUUUUGAUCGUCCUAUAUUCUGCUUGGAAAGUCGACCAGGUUAUGGUGGCUGUUCUAUUACAAAGGGUUUUUAUUUCAUUCCUGCUGCAUUAAGCGUGGAGGAGCAAUGCCAAUGGAUAAGGGAAAGUUUAUCAAGUUUUCCUCAACCCCCUAAUCGAACAAACCACAAUGCAAUUUAUGGACCCAUAGAGAAUUUAUUUGCUUCAGCUAAAGAAGCAAAGUUUUUAGUAUUGGAAGAUAAAAUCCGUGAUGAUUGUUGUUUGUAUAGUGAUGUUACUCAAGCAGAUGUGGGUCAACCCCAAUGGAAGUUUGUCGAGCAGCAACUGAGUGAAACACAUGGGAAAGAUGCAUGCAAGUCUGUGUCUGCUUCUGUUUUGCUCCGUAAGUUAAGAUGGAGUACCCUUGGCUUGCAAUUUGACUGGUCUAAGCCUUUGGGAUUUCUCGUGAAAAUGAAUGUUUUUGUGUUGCUGCAGAGGAGCUAUAACGUUUCUCUCCCUCACAUGGACAUACCUUAUGCACUAUGCCAAUUGGCCAAAAAGAUGGCUGGACCUGCUAUGCCUUAUGGUGUAGAAUUCCACCCAGAAGCUGCCAUAGUGAAUUAUUUUGGAUUAGGUGAUAUGCUUGGUGGGCACCUAGAUGACAUGGAAAAAGAUUGGAGUAAACCUAUUGUGAGCAUGAGUUUGGGUUGCAAAGCUAUUUUCCUCCUCGGCGGCAAAUCAAGGGAUGAUAAACCAAUUGCAAUGUUCCUCAGAAGUGGUGAUGUUGUACUAAUGGCUGGAGAAGCAAGGGAGUGUUUUCACGGUGUUCCUCGUAUUUUUACUGAUGCAGAAAAUGCCGAAAUAUCCAAUCUUGAAUCUCAGUUUGCUGCAGAAGACGAUCAACAUUACUUAAAGUACAUCAGGACUUCCAGAAUUAACAUUAAUAUCAGACAAGUUUUUUAAGCGCUUCUCUGUUAGAUAAAAUACAACUGCCUAGAAGCGGAAAUCUGCUAGAGCGUUUUAAAUUUAGAUUGUUCAAUUAACUCUACAUUUCUGGCGCUGCUAUAUCUUUUCAGUUUGAAAUUGGCUAGGCUAGUUUUUGUAUUUCUGUUUAAUGGUUUGACCUGAAUGAAUUUCGAAUUGGAUUGUACUAACCUUACAUUCUAUACGAUCUGCGUGUAAUUUGAAUAAAUUGUGCAAAAAGUGACAUUGAAUGGCAUCAUUCGAUAAUCAGGCUGUAUUGGAUAAUAAACUUUCGUUCA